AUGUUUAUAAUCACUCCCGUGUCUGUUUUACAAGAAUAUUUAGUUUCAUUAAAACAAUGUCCAUCUUACGAAUUGUUACACAACGGAGUAGGUACUCACAAUCCAUUAUUUAUCUAUAGGGUUCACGUAAAUGAUUUAUUCGAAGAUGGCAAAGGAAAAUCUAAACGAGAAGCAAAACAUAAUGCAGCGGAAAAUAUGUUGAAAAAAUUAAAUGUCGAUGAAACGAAUAGUUCAGUACCGAAAAAACAAUAUGAUAAAUAUGAUGAAAUGGAUCCGGGUGAAAAUUAUGUGGGAAUGUUAAAAGAAUAUUGUCUUAUGAAUCCAUAUCCAGAGCCGACUUACCAAGUCGAAGAAGAAUCUGGUCAACCUCAUUGUAAAGUAUUUAAAAUGGUUUGUUUUGUCUCACAGUUACAAGAAUAUGGCAUAUCAUCGACAAAAAAAGGAGCUAAACAAAUAGGAGCAUUUAAAAUGUUGGAGAGAUUAAAAAAAUUAUCAUUGAAUAGUCCAGAUUCUGCGAAUGAUGAUGAUGAUGAUAAUGAUAUGUUGACUUCGAAAAAAAUUAUCAACGAUAGAAAUUUACUUAACAAAUCAUACACAUUAGUUCCGAAAUUAAUAUUAACAAAAGAAGAAAUAUUUAAAAGAUAUAGCAGUCAUUUUAAAGGUAAUAAUAUGGCUGUUGUGAAAAAAAAUAGGGCUGUACUUUACAAAGAUCAUCACAAAGCAUUUAUGACAUUAAAUGAAACAAGUCAAACACUUGAUGAUUUAAUUAAAAACAAUUUUCCAACAUCUAUGGAAAAUUCAAUGGAAUUAAUUAAAUCCAUAGCUACAGAAUUAGGUGCAAAAUUGACCAUAACUAAAAUCCCUUGUAAAAAUAUGGAUAAAUCCUUUAUUUCACUUUGUUUGUCAGGUGGUACAGAAUGGCCACAGAUAGCAGGUUUUGGACAAUGUCAAGAUUCAGCAGCAUUUAAUUUAUUAAAUACAUUUUCCAUUUUAUGUUAUCCUUUGUAG